AUGAUUGUGAAUAGGAAGGCGGCUGACAUGAAAUGCUCAAAGAAGCUAUCUCUGCUAAUGCAGUCACGAAUGAGACUCUCGCAGGAACAGUCCAUUGUGCUGAGUGCAGUGCUGAGUGGGAAGAACGUCUUCUUUACAGGCAGUGCUGGGACUGGGAAGUCAUAUCUGCUGAAAAAGAUUGUGGGUUCACUCCCUCCAAAGAGCACCUAUGCUACAGCCAGUACAGGAGUGGCAGCUUGUCAUGUUGGUGGCACCACGCUCCAUGCCUUUGCAGGUAUUGGUUCUGGGAAAGCUCCGCUAGAUCAGUGUAUUGAGUUGGCUCAAAGAACUGGAGUGCGUCAGCAUUGGUUGAGCUGCCAGCACUUAAUUAUUGAUGAGAUUUCAAUGGUGGAGGGCCAGUUUUUUGAUAAACUGGAGGCAGUAGCCAGAGCUGUCAGGAAACGGGAUGACCCAUUUGGAGGAAUACAGCUGAUCAUCUGUGGGGACUUCUUACAACUGCCACCAGUCAGCAAAAGCAAUGAGGAAACCAAGUUCUGCUUCCAGGCAAAGAGCUGGAGGAAAUGCAUCCACGUGAACAUGGAGCUGACAGAAGUGCGGAGACAGACUGAAAAGAGCUUCAUCUCACUCCUGCGUACAAUCCGCCUGGGCAGGUGCACAGAUGAAGUCACCAGGCAGCUGAUGCAAACAGCUACCAACAGGGUUGAGAGAGAUGGGAUCCUUGCAACUCGUCUCUGCACCCACAAGGAUGAUGUGGAACUAACAAAUGAGAGACGGUUGCAACAGUUACCAGGAGAAAUGCACUCCUAUGAGGCUGUGGAUAGCAAUCCCAUGCUAGUCAAAGCAAUUGAUGCUCAGUGUCCAGUAAGUCACUGUAUUCAGUUGAAACCAGGAGCCCAGGUGAUUCUUACUAAGAACCUGGAUGUGUCCCGGGGUCUGGUGAAUGGGGCAAGAGGGGUUGUGGUUGAAUUUGAAACUGAAGGGAAGGGACUGCCCCGUGUGAGGUUUCUUUGUGGGGUCACAGAGGUAAUCAGGCUGGAGCGAUGGGUCUUCAAAGGUCCAUCUGGAAUUUAUCUGAGUCGUCAACAGUUACCUCUAAAAUUGGCAUGGGCCAUAUCCAUCCACAAGAGCCAGGGCAUGUCAUUAGACUGUGUGGAGAUCUCCCUGUCUCGUGUCUUUGAAAGUGGUCAGGCUUAUGUAGCCCUUUCCCGAGCCCGUAGCCUUGAGGGCCUCCGGGUUUUGGAUUUUGAUCCCAACGUUGUGAGAGCCAAUCCGUACGUGCUACAGUUCUACAAUCACUUACAGAAAGAACAACUUCUAUCUCAGGCUUCUCUACACAGAUACACUGAAGCAGAGGAGAAGGAGAAUGGGAAAUCUAGCUGAGGAUACCCUGGGCACUUCUGUGCGGCACAAGCACAGACUGUUCUGGUUUCAGCAGCCCAGCUGUUGUGCACAUCUUAUACCACUGGUGAAAUUUUGCUUCAUCUAUGUUUCUGCUUCAUUGGCUCAAAGGCCACACCUGCCCACUGUGAAAACACUAGAUGUUCAGGCAGUUAACUUUUUGGGGAAGAUUCUACCUCUGCUUACGUCCUGUUGGUUUAGGGUUGAGGAUAGCAUCACACCCCAGCCUCUCUACACAAGUAUGCAUACAUCAGGAAAUGUGGGACUUGUCCUUGGCAACCUGGAGGAGAAAUGAGAUGUGGCUCUCCCCCUUCUUCCCCUGAACUGGAGCCUACUAGCUGUGGCUGUCAUCACACAGAAAGGGUACUGAAGAGCAAUUAGCAUACUUGUAGCACCAGCAUUCCAUCUCCAGCUGGUGAAGUGCUAACAAUCAGGAUGGCACUCUGCAGGUCAAGUAAGGUGCACCCUGGCUUUAGAGCCAUUUUAUGCUAUCCAUGUGUCACCUGUUGAUGUAGGGAGGGUUCACUAGUUUUACUGCUGGGUGAAGUUAAUGUGGAAUCAUAAACUGUCCUCUUAAUUUUGCUGGUACUUUAUGACAAUAAAAGGAUGUAUCUACUGCAAUCGGUCAUAGCAAGUACUAGAAGUAGGAGUAGAGGGGAUUAUGGGUAUGUCAUGCAUUCACAGGCUCUGGGUAUGACCCAACCUUCAAAC